AUCGUCACUUGAUUCUGGGAAUUUCCCUUCCUGUUUGGGUUUCUCAGAAAGGACACUUCAAGUCGAUCUUCGAAACAGUGAAUGGCGAGAUAUCAUAUCACUGAAUUUCUGUUGAGGAAAAGACAAGACAAACCCUAGGGAAUGGCUUCAGAAGUUAAAGAAAAUCCGUCCGAUGAUUUUAAGAAUCCAUACAUUGCCGUGGUGGCGAUAGACUUUGGCACUUCAUACACUGGCUUUGCAUUUUCAUUUAACAAAGAUAAUGAACAAGACGCGAUUUUCAUGAACCGGGACUGGACGAAUGAACAGGGAGGCAGAACGAGCAAGACUCCGACCUGCCUGCUCCUUAAUCCAGAUCUCAGUUUUAACUCGUUUGGCUACGAUGCAAUGGAAAACUAUGCACAGCUACAAAAUGAACACGAGGAGCAGAAGUACUUCUUCUUUCAGCAUUUUAAAAUGGCACUCCACAACGAUGAGAAACUUAACAAGGAAACAUCCAUUAAAGCUGCAAAUGGAAAAGAGGUUAAGGCCCAGACUGUGUUUGCACUUUCAAUCAAGUUUUUGAAAGACGAAGCAAUCAAAAUUCUUGCCUUGGACACCGGUGAUGACCAAUUUAAGACAGACGAUAUUCAAUGGGUACUAACUGUUCCUGCAAUAUGGACUCCAGCAGCUAAACAGUUCAUGAGAGAAGCAGCCAAUCAGGCCGGAGUUGGAAAGCAGACUAAUCCUGGCCAGUUAAUUAUCGAAAAAGUGGAAUUCUUGACAUGCGAUGGAUGCAAAGAUGAAUAUCAUAAGGAACUAUGA